UUUUUUUUUCUUCUCUAUCCUCUCCCCUCCCAUCCUCGCCGAGGGAGCCGGCGCUCGGAGAUGGGGCUCGGUUGCUGAGCCGCCAGCCCCCGCCCUCACACCCCCGCCGGAACUGUUUGCACUAACCCCGCGCCCCUGGGAACAAGAGCACUCAAGGUGAAGGACAAUAAUCAACUUGAAUCAGCAUUUUCAAUGAAAUUUUGUUUCCCUGUGGCAUCUUGAACACUUUCUUCUUUGGGUUUAUAAACAUUAUAACUCUGUGGCACAGCAGCUAUGCAGCUUGAAAUCCAAGUAGCACUCAAUUUUAUUAUUUCAUAUCUGUACAAUAAGCUUCCCAGACGACGUGUCAACAUUUUUGGUGAAGAGCUUGAAAGACUUCUGAAAAAGAAGUAUGAAGGGCACUGGUAUCCAGAAAAGCCAUACAAAGGAUCAGGGUUUAGAUGUAUUCAUAUAGGGGAGAAAGUGGACCCAGUCAUAGAACAAGCAUCCAAAGAGAGUGGUUUGGACAUUGAUGAUGUUCGCAGCAACUUGCCUCAGGAUCUUAGUGUUUGGAUUGACCCAUUUGAGGUUUCAUACCAAAUCGGUGAAAAGGGACCAGUGAAAGUGCUUUAUGUGGAUGAUAAUGAGAAUGGAUGUGAGUUGGAUAAGGAAAUCAAGAACAGCUUUAACCCCGAGGCCCAGGUGUUCAUGCCUAUUAGUGACCCAGCAUCUUCAGUGUCCAGUUCUCCUUCUCCUCCCUUUGGUCACUCAGCUGCUGUGAGCCCCACCUUCAUGCCCCGCUCCACUCAGCCUUUAACCUUCACCACUGCCACAUUUGCUGCCACCAAGUUUGGCUCAACCAAAAUGAAGAACAGCGGCCGUGGCAACAAGGUCGCCCGCACCUCUCCCACCAACCUUGGCUUGAAUGUCAAUGACCUGUUGAAGCAGAAAUCCCUCUCCUCCUCCAUGCACUCUCUGUAUGGGCUCGGCCUAGGCAGUCAGCAACAGCAGCAGCAGAAGAGUUCUGCUCUCUCUCCUAACGCAAAGGAGUUUGUUGUCCCCAGCGUGCAGGGUCAAGGCAGUAGCAUCUUUCCUGGUGACAGCCCGCUGAACCUCAGUCCUCUCCAGUACAGUAAUGCCUUUGAUAUGUUUGCAGCCUAUGGAGGUUUGAAUGAGAAGUCUUUUGUGGAUGGCUUGAAUUUUAGUUUAAACAACAUGCAGUAUUCUAACCAGCAAUUCCAGCCAGUUAUGGCUAACUGAAAAUAAACAGAAAGAGAAAUCCAAGAAAAUACUAUUGUACAAGUUGAAGUGCACGUACCCAAGGGUGUAUCUUUUUUCCCACCUCUUGAGAUUUUUUUUAAGGCUUGUAGUAUGAAUACAUUCAGGCUUGGUUAGAUAAAUACAACAUGCAUCAUUUUUUCAUUUGCCAACCAAGCACAAAAUUAUUUUAUACUGACUGUACAUUACAAAAAUAUACUCUCAAAAAUAUGGCCUCUUACAGUAUUUAAGAUAUAGCAAGGAAGUGGCUAAUUUUUUCAUGUGUAUAUAUAUAUGUGUGCUCAGACAUAUAUGUAUAUGUAUUAAAAAAUUGGCACUAAUAGGUGGGUUUAUUGGUCUUUUUCUAAUUGUAUAAUUUAAUUUAGUACAAAGUUUGUAAAAUAUCAGAGUAUAUAUAUUGUUUCUACAACAUGGUAUUGCAUUUAUAUCUUUUUACUACAGUGAUCUGUGACAGCUGCAGCAGCUUCAUGUUGUAUUUUUUUUACUGAAAUUGUAAAAUAUCCAUCUUAAAGACAUCAAUUCUAAAAAAAGUAAAAAGGUUGUGUACAGAAUAUUCCUUAGUGGUGGAAUUAAAAUGUACGAAAUAUUUGCUUUUUUCAAAAGAAACACAAAUUGUAUUUUCUGUUAAAAGUUUAAAGAUUUUUGCUAUAUAUUAUGGAAGAAAAUGUAAUCGUAAAUAUUAAUUUUGUACCUACAUUGUGCAAUACUUGAAAAAAGGUAUAAAAGUAUUUUGAGUCAGUGUCUUACAUGUUAAGAGGGACUGAAAUAGUUUAUAUUAAGUUUGUAUUAAAAUUCUUUAAAAUUA